AUAUUCCAACAGGGCGGCCAUAUCUGUCGGUCGGGCUAGCUUCUGGUGCGCGAUCGAGUGAACCGUGCUGGCGUUGGACGGGAUAUAUUUGUUCGAUUUAGAGGAAGUUUAGAAACAAAAUCGUCACGAUGAACGUGAUAGCGAGGACGUCGAACCUCUCGCCGUACCUCAAGGCGACCAACGCCGCAAUCCCGAAUGGUUUGUGGCCAGCUGCAGGCUCAGGUAAGGUGCAAAAGACCAAAGUCGUCGUGAAGUCAGACGUCGAACGGCAGACCAGCUAUUCGCUCAGCCAGACUCUUCCCACCGGACAGUUGCGCGUACGGUCAGGCAUAACAGCGAUCGGCGCAAUGCAACAAAUUCGUCUGGGACACACGGAUAUUCGCGUACCAGACUUCUCCGCCUAUCGAAGAAAGGAUGUUAUGGACCCGACGACUAGAAGCCGAGAUUCGGAAGAUGCUCGUAAAACGUUCUCCUACCUGUUUACUGGAGCGGCUGCAAUUACUGGCGCAUAUUCUGCAAAGACUGUGGUAACGCAGUUCGUAACCUCAAUGGCGGCAUCAGCCGAUGUAUUAGCCAUGGCAAAGGUUGAAAUUGCGCUGGACGACAUACCGGAGGGCAAGAGCAUGGUGUUCAAGUGGCGUGGAAAACCCCUUUUUAUCCGGCACAGGAAGGCGGAUGAAAUCGCGAGGGAGCAAAGCGUGGCCGUGGGAACACUGCGAGAUCAGCAGCACGACAACGAAAGAGUACAGCGACCGGAAUGGCUGAUCGUGAUUGGAAUUUGUACGCAUUUGGGAUGCGUGCCGAUCGCUAACGCCGGUGAAUUUGGCGGAUACUAUUGCCCGUGUCACGGAUCUCACUACGACGCCAGUGGCAGAAUCAGGAAGGGUCCGGCGCCCCUCAACCUCGAGAUUCCACCCUACGAGUUCGUCGAAAACACGGUUGUCGUCGGCUAAGUCCAGGAACGGGUCUUGAGGCUUAUAGUAGAAAAUUGGCGUAAUAUUUAACAAUGAUUAUCACUGUUGUUUCAUCGUUAUGUGAACGUUCGAGUUGAGGAGAUUAAAUUUUUCUCCUAAUCGUUUGGUUUAUAUUACGGUGGAAUUAUACGGAUUACCCUGCAUCGAUAAUUAUUACGCGGUCAUUAUUACCCUAGAUAACAAAAUGUCACACUAUUUAUAUCAGAGAAAAUAACAAAGAAUCAAGCGGAAAAAAGAAUAGUUCCAGUUUGUCGGACCCGGAGAAAAUUAUUGGCUAUAUUAAUUGUGUAACUUAUAAGUUGUACAGACUAGAAUAUAGAAUAAAACAUUUGAGAAAGAA